AAUUUGGAAAACAUAAUUGAACAUCCUAAAGAUGAUACAAUUAUGUAUAACAAUAAUGAAAAUGAUGAUAAUAUUCAAAAAUUUGAACAAAUUGAAGAGAUGGUAGCUGAUGCUGAUUCAGAUAGUAAUGACGAUGAUGUAAAUAAUUUGUUAGAAUCUAUAGAAUCCAUAUCUGAUGCUGAAAUUGAAAAUUUUGAUUUUGAUCACAUUUCUAAUUAUACCUUAUAUAUUCCUGAGCAAACUGAGCAAAUAACUUUGAUAGAUACAAGAUCUACUUCAAAUCAGAACUUUCCAUCCUUUCCAGAUGCUGCUUAUACUGAAUUUAUGGAACUUAUAUAA